AAGGCUUAAGGAAGCCCUAAUCUCAGCCCCUGCUCUAGCUCUUCCUGAUCUGACUAAACUUUUCCAACUUCAUGUGGCAGAAGUAAAAGGGAUAGCAAAGAGAGUCCUUACUCAAUAUCUAGGACCCUGGAAGCAACCCGUGGCUUUCUUGUCCAAACGGCUUGAUACAACUGCCGCUGGCUGGCCUACCUGUUUGCGUGCCAUUGCUGCCACAGCUAUCCUGGUGAAGGAGGCUACAAAGCUGACGUUUGGUCAAGAACUUCAAAUUGUGGCCCCUCAUGCAGUGGAAAACCUGUUAAAAAGUCCCCCUGAUCCUUGGCUGUCGAAUGCCAGGAUAGUACAAUAUCAGGCCUUGCUUUUAAACCCCACCUGUGUCAAGUUUUUGCCUACUACAGCUCUAAACCCCACUACCCUCCUCCCAGAUGAGGAUCCUGAGCUGCCAGUACAUGACUGCAUGGACACUCUAAAUGUCUCAUCUAGCUUGAGGAGCGACCUGACUGAUGUCCCCUUCCAAGAUCCAGACAUCACCCUCUAUACUGAUGGGAGCAGCUAUGUCCAGGAUGGAAUCAGGUAUGUGGGGGCGGCUGUGGUCACCAAAAAGGAAGUGAUCUGGGCACAAGCCUUGGGUCAUGGAACGUCAGCCUAGCAGGCUGAACUGAUAGCACUGACCCAAGCCCUGUGAUGGGGGAAAAACAGAAGACUAAACAUCUACACUGAUAGCAGAUAUGCCUUUGCCACCCUUCAUGUACAUGGGGCCAUAUAUCAAGAAAGGGGACUCCUAACCAUGGGAGGACAAAAGAUUAAGAACAUUCAAGAAAUUUUAGACUUACUGGUUGCAGUCUGGUUGCCUCAACAAGUAGCGGUUAUACAAUGUUGAGGACAUCAAAAAGAUGACUCCCCAGUGGCCCAAGGAAAUACCGUGGCAGACUCUACAGCCCGAGAAGUGGCAAGAAAACCAGUGGGCCACUAGAGAUCCUGCCGGUUCUGCCAUCCUGGAUUCUAGACAAACCAUCUUACUCAGAUUCAGACCUGCAGCUGGCACAAAGUCUUCGGGCCUCCCCGACUUCUACUGGUUGGCAAAAAUUGCCAGAGUCCUGGAUCCUCCUCCCUGAAGCACUUGGCUGUGAACUGGUACAUUUGCUUCACUACAGUACUCUCUUGGGAGGAAAUAAAUUGUCUGAACUGUUGAGAAAAUCAUACUUCAUUCCAAAACUAAACCAGCUGGCCAAGGACAUAAGUCACAGGUGCCCACAAUGUGCUCAGGUAAAUCCAAAAAGUAAU